GUGCGCAGCGCCACCAAAGGCAAAGGGAGCCUCUCCCCCUCCCGUCCCAAGCGCCGGUAAACUCCAUCUCCUCCCACGCCCCAAUCUCUCCCAUUCCCCGAAACCCUAACCGCCACUUGGCCCCUUCCCGGAAGCGGCCGCGCCCCUCGCCAUCCUAGGCUUCGGGCGGGAGUCCGCUGCGCGUGGGCUGCGGCGGAGAUGGCCUCGUCGUCGGCGUCCUCGAGGCACCAGGUCACCAUCACCCUCGGCCGCAGCGGUCAGGUUGUCAAAAGGAGGGAUAUAUCUGAUGUUAUUAAUGAUGAUGAAGUGCCAUUAUCGGGGAAAAAACGAUCUCUGAGGGAGAGGUUAGGAAGUAAUGUGACUGAUUCUGAUUUUUAUGGAAGCCAGCAUAGAAACAAAAGGCAACAGACAGAAAGUGAUAGCUCACAUGGAGAUGAUGGUUCAGAUCGCCAGGUUGGCAAGGAUGAUCUGAGACUGAAACUUAUGAGGAAAGGCUUGUUACAGAGGUGCAAUGGUGGCGCAGAACAGAAUGGAGUGGAUCUCCGGGAAAAGCUUUCCCGAAAUCAGAAGAAUUUGUCGAGAUACGAUGCAAGAGGCCAUGCACCAGAAUCGAGGGCUAGGUAUGAUAUGAGAGACAAGCCCCCAGAGUUAAGGUCUAGAUAUUCUUCAAGGGAGGGUGUCCUAGUAUCAAGGCCCUCUGCUGUUGUAAGUCGAAUUCCUUCUGCAAGAAGUGUGGAUGAGAUGGACUCUUCAAGAAAACCUUACUCCUCAUGGGCAACUGAUGGUUUGAGGCACAGUUCACCUGAAAGGCUUACAAGUUUUCGGGGUGAUGCGUCUCCACCAAGAGCUUAUGAUCAGAUUAGGUCUAUGCCAUCCCUUAGAUCUGUUGGUUCCUCAAGACCUCAGAGUUUUAUUACAAGAGAUGCUCAUGACACAUCAAGAGCUCAACCAUAUUCUGGCAAAUCCACCAUUUCUGUUGAUGCAGUACAGAGAGCUAAUGGAAUCACUCCGUCUGGUGCAGCUAUGCCUACAGCCCCAGUUGUGAAAGAAGUUCCGCAAACGGUUACUGAAUUGCUGAGUUCUCUGGGACUGGAGAAGUAUCUUGUUCUCUUUCAGGCCGAGGAGGUGGAUAUGGCUGCAUUGAGGCAAAUGGGAGAGAGCGACCUCAAGGACAUGGGGGUACCAAUGGUAGGGCCCGAGGAAGAAGAUUCUCCUUGCAGUAGGUCCUCAGUCGAAGCAACGGCAAAGAUGAGCAGCAUGAUCUGGGACUUGGAAACUGGAAACAUUUGUUUGGCAACUGCAAAUUAUUGGUGUAACUAAAGAAUGCCUCACUGCAGAUCUUGUAUAUCUUUAGUGGUCGUCUUAGUUUCACCCUUUUGUUGCUGAUAGAUUAAGUUCGUGCUUUUGUUGACACGUGUAAAGUCUUAUCUGUCAGCUGUUAGAGUAGCAGGCUUGAAACAGGCGGAUAAUUACCAGUCUGGAAUUUGGUGGGGGGUAUAUUAGAACGGCCAUGAUCACAGUGCCAUCUUUCAUACAUGAUAGCAUUGAGGAUCGAAUGAUCCAUAA